AUGCUCAAGACCUGCGACUCGGAGGCCACGUCGUCCUACGAGCUCGGCGGUUUCGGCGUGGAUGCAGCCAUAGGCGAGUCCAAGCGCUGGCUGCAGAGUCUGGAGAAGAGCAUCCGAGCAAUUGUAAGCAUUCGUCUACUGAGUGUGCGCGCGUUUGAUGGCAACGGCGCCAGCUUCAGCGUGGCCACGGGCUUCGUGGUGGACAUGGAGCGCGGUCUGAUCCUGACCAACCGCCACGUUGUGACUCCCGGGCCUGUAGUAGCCGACGCCAUCUUCCUCAAUAAGGAAGAAGUGGACCUCGUGCCGAUCUACCGAGACCCCGUGCACGACUUUGGCUUCUUCCGGUUCGACCCCAAGAAGGUCAAGUUCCUGCAGUUGCACGAGAUCCCAUUGCGACCCGAGGCCGCCAAGAUCGGCGCUGAGAUCCGCGUGGUUGGCAACGAUGCGGGCGAGAAAUUGUCCAUUCUUCCGGGCAUAUUAGCCAAACUGGACCGCGACGCGCCGUCCUACGGCUCGACGUCUUAUAACGACUUUAACACCUUUUACUAUGCAGCUGCUAGUAGCACAAGUGGAGGCUCUAGUGGCUCUCCCGUGCUUAAUAUUGACGGGUGCGCUAUUGCGCUCAAUGCUGGAGGCGCCAAGAAAGCCGCUUCUUCCUUUUACCUUCCUCUGGAUCGAGUCGUACGAGUACUGGGACUCAUCCAACAGGGCAAACCGGUGCCCCGAGGGACGAUCCAGACGAUCUUUCGACACACAGCGUUCGAUGAAGUGAGGAGACUGGGACUUCCCGGAGAGACAGAGGCACGAGUGCGACAACAGUCCCCACAAGAGACAGGUAUGCUCGUAGUAGACCAGGUUGUCCAAGGAGGACCAGCACACGACCAGCUGCGCACUGGAGACGUCCUUAUUAAGUUUGCGGGACACUACGGAGCGACUUUUUUGGCCAUUGAAGAAUAUCUCGAUGCUCACGUUGGAGAGACCGUUGAAGCGCAGUUCCAACGUGGAGACGAGCAGUACACAGCCACUAUUACUAUCGCAGACUUGCACUCCAUCACACCCGACAGAUACUUGGAGAUUGGAGGAGGAAUUGUACACGCGCUGUCGUAUCAGCAAGCUCGCAACGCCUCACUACCUGUGGGUGGGGUGUAUCUGGCUCAAGCCGGACACAUGUUCAUGAAGGCGCAUCUAGCUCAGCCCUGUAUCAUCACAUCGGUGGCAGGACAAGCCACACCGACACUAGACGACUUUGCACGCGUUAUGGCGUCGCUGCCGAAUGGGUUUCGUACCGUAUUAAGGUACUUUAUGAUCCGUGAUCGUCAUCGUGUCCGCACUGCUUUCAUUAUGAUGGAUCGGCUAUGGUUCCCGAUGCAAAUGUGUACUCGCAAUGACGAAGACGGACUCUGGUACUCGAAGCCGUAUACGUUAGAAGCUUCAAACGGAGAGAGCGCUCUUAUGACUGCCAAUGGAAACCCGACGUUUGCGCCAGCCCCGUUGAGCUUCCCUGGAGGCAAUGCUAUCGGUAAGAAGACGCUGCUGUCGCUGGUGAUGGUGUCGUUUGACAUUCCGUACAUGAUUGACGGCAUUUCGAGCUCGAGUUAUCACGGGAUGGGCGUUGUGGUGGAUGCUGAGAAAGGCUUUGUGCUCGUGGAUCAAAACACCGUCCCUAUCGCAUUAGGCGACGUGUUGAUUACUAUCGCUGCAAGCGUCGAAGUGCCUGCUAAAGUGGUGUUUGUACACCCUGUCCACAAUUUUUCUAUUGUGCAGUAUGACCCGAAGACACUGGGCGCUGUAGCGAGUCAUAUUGGCAGCGUGGAGCUGGCUGAGAAGCCGCUAGAAGUUGGCGAGACGGCUGACUACAUCGGAUUGAGCAGCAACUGGACUGUUGUCACCAUGAAGUCUGUUGUUACGAAGCUAGACCGACUUGUGCUGCGGGAUUUCCAGCCGCCACGGUACAAAGCGUGCAACAUUGAGGUGCUGCACUUUGACCGCAUCACCAAGUCCGUGGGCGGUGUCUUUAUCGACGAAAUGGGGGCGGUGAAUGCUCUUUGGCUCUCGUUUAGCUACCAGGACAGUGCUGGUCGCAAGGAAGUCUUCCGUGGCCUACCGAUUAGCGUCGUUCGACCUAUUGUUGAUGAGCUGCGGGCGUCUCGUAUCCCGGAAUCUGUAAACAUCCUGCCGGCGCAAUUGCUGACGUUCUCCUUGUCGAAGGCUCGCUCCGGUCUAGGACUGUCGGACGCGUGGAUCCAGAAGCUCGAGUCUUGCUACGAAGACAAGCGUCAAGUACUCGGGAUCAAGCGUUGUGCUGCUGGUACGGACUGCGCCGGCAAACUCGAGAGCGGCGACUUGCUUCUUGCCAUUGAUGGUCAAGUUCUAGUCCGGGACGCUGAUGUGGAACGCGCUGUGGACGGGAAGACGGAGCUGACGGCGUUGGUUGUACGGGACCAGAAGGAGAUGGAAGUGAGUGUCAGCACGUCUCAGCUCUCGGCGAUGGGCACUGAUCGCGUCAUUGUCUGGUGUGGUCUUGUCAUUCAGAGUCCCCACUAUGCAGUAGCGAGCUUGGGUUAUAUCCCAGAGGAAGGAGGCGGUGUGUAUUGCUCGCGGUGGUGCUAUGGCUCUCCGGCGCACAAGUACGGUCUGCGUGCUACGAUUUGGCUCGUGGAAGUCAACGGCGAGCCGACCCGCACAUUGGACGAUUUCUUGCGUGUGGUCGAACGCCUGGACAAUCGCGAGUCGGUGCGUCUGAAGACAAUUUCCAUUAACACUAAGCCCAAGGUGUUCACGUUGAAGACAGACUACCACUACUGGCCUACCGUCGAGUUGCGUCGAGAAGGGUGGGACUGGAAGUACGUGGAGCAUCCUUAA